AGAGAUCAGACUGUAUCCUGAGUGGUAAUAAAGCCUGUCACUCUAAUCAGAAGCGGGUAGAAGGGAGAGCCAAGAUAAGGAGGGUCAGGAAGCAGAGAAAACAGGUAGUGGAAGAACUGCAGAGACAGAGUUCCACUUCGACUGUGAAUCAGGUUGUGCUUCCCUCAAACAUCAGAUAAAAUUUCAGCAACCCUAACAAAAAAAACGGAGACAUUCAGGAGACAUCAUGACAGCAAACAAGGGGGCUGAAUUGUUCAUACUCAGUGUGGUUGUGGCUGCUACUGUGUCCCUUGAGGUACAGACACCCAAGAAGAAAGUUGAAGUGGCAAGAGGACAGAGUACCACCCUGCCAUGCACCUUCCAAAGUACUGUAGCAACUAUUGACAGCGACGUGGGUAGCUGGAAAAAAGUAUCUUCAAAUGAAGAAUUUGUUACCUGGUACUUUGAUGGUGGGAAAGAACCAUCAUUUAUAGAACAGAAUUACAGGGAUCGUGUGACCCUGUCUGGCAAUCCAAGUAACAAGGACCUCACCAUCACCCUCAGUGACGUGACCAUGGAUGACAAUGGAACCUAUGAAUGUUCAGUUCGCAUGCGCCAUGACCUCCCAACGAAAAGUGCACAGAUGGAUCUUGUAGUCCUUGUGGCCCCAUCCAUACCAGAGUGCAGCAUUAAAGGGACUACAUCAUAUGGAUACGACAUUAACCUGACCUGCAAUUCUCUAGAAGGAUCCCCAAAACCUCAGUAUUCUUGGCAAAGAUUUGAUAUACAAAACAAACAAAAGGAGCUCACGGGAUCAGUAGUAUCAGGAGGACUGUUAACUCUGAAGAAUAUUUCUGCAGACACUUCCGGCUUCUAUAUCUGCACCUCCACAAACUCUGUUGGAAAUGAAUUCUGUAACAUGACUGUUUCCAUUUCACCUCCAUCCAUGAACAUUGGCCUCUAUGCUGGAGUCAUUGGCGGUAUUGUUGCUGCAAUAAUUGUCAUUGGCAUUAUAGCUUACUGCUGCUGCUGUAGGAAGCGGAAGGAUAAAGACUAUGAGAUGACGGAGCAAGAAAAUGGAUAUCAACCACCACCAAAUGAACCUGUACAAAUCCGGGGGCCAGCUGAUGAAGAGGUACAGGAGGAAGACGAAGACGAAGAGGAAGAGGAAGACAGAUGGAAAAGCAAACCACUAAUGCCACCUACUCCCAAACCAGAAGUGGUGGCUUAGACGCUAGUGGUUCCAGAUGUGGGGGGGGGGGAAGCAAAGAACCCUCAGCUGUUCCUGGAGUACAGUAGAUGAAUAAGGAAGAAUAGCUACUUAAACAGACAUGGCAGCGUCAAGGCUUCCUUCCCCUGCCAAGUCACCUUAGUGGGAAAGGAGAGGGAAAUUCUAUAGUAAAUGUUACAGUCACACACUCUCCAUACACAUUUUCAUACUUCCUAGUUGUGAAUUGUUGAGAAAAGGCAAGUGAUGAAGUGUAUCCAUCUUCAGUAAAGAGUGAAGUCUUCCUCCAGUCUAAUGUGUCUCCUUCCAACAAACAACUCUUCUGUUGGAGAAAGGGCCACUUAAAUGAAAGGAGAGCUUCAAAUUUUGCUGAACAGAAUGGCUGGAUACAUCCAAAUGCAAUUCGUGCAAGUUAAACAAUUUAUCACCUUCAUGGUGGGAAAAUGGAAUAAAGUUUUGCUAUUGGUAUGUUUGUGGACCAAUAGGUAGGACCUUUCAGACUGUCAGUUUAGAACUAGCCAAUAGUCUGAUUAUUGCUAAUUUGUUGAGUCAUAUUUAGAUGCAGAAAUACUCAUGAAAUUUCCAGAAUCGAAAACACGUAUUAAUCUUUAAUAAAUUGAGAAUUGAUUUUGGAUAUAGGGAUUUGGUCAACAAAUUAUAAUUUUAUUUAUAUAGAAUGUAUGUGGAAUCUAUUGCCUAUGGUGGAAAUUUUUCUUUUUUGUCUUUGUGUUUUAAUGGUUAAAUUUGCUAUAUAUUGGUAUUAAUCUCAAUACUGGUAGAUAAUUGAUCUGCUUUGCAUUGAAUAUGUAGAUGGGAAUUGUUAAGAGUAUUGCCAUUUUUUCUGAAUAUUUUGUGAAUUUUGUAUAUUUGUAUAUUUCUCUUUCUUCUAUUGUUUAAAAUUUUAUAAGAGAAAAAAUGUGGAAAUGCUUGUGUUGUAGGAACACCUUCUACCUCUAGCACUGAAACUACCAUGUUGUGCUACUACAAGUACGUUCAUCUCUCCCCAAAACAGCAUCUAAUAUUAUUGCUGUGCACAUGAUUAUGACAGCCAUGAGCAUUUAUUGCAGAAUUCCUAACUCCAUCAUUUUUAACCAGUUUUUAAAUGGGUCUUCACCGUCUUACUAUGCUACCUCAACAUUUGAGCAUUUGUCUAAAAAGGCAUGAAGUCAGGAAAAAAAAAUACUUAUCUUCCUAUCAUAUCAGGAAUCUUUAAAAAUUUUGAUGGCUGGCUACAUUAUAGUUCUGAAGCAGUACCAGUAAUAGCACUAUUUUGUUGCUAACAGUGGAAUUAUUUUUAAGAAAUCAGCUGGAAAGAGCCUUAAUUGUAGCUGGCUGGAAAGCUUUUGAAUGAAUGGACUAUUAAUGAUUCUCAUUGUUUGGAAUUGUGUAUGUUUAUUUUUGAAUUUGCAACAUUCCUUUUUUAAAUAAAAAAGACAGAUACUUCUAA